AUGGAGCAGUCGGCGGGAGCUUUAUCUCUCUCUCUCUCUCAGGUGUUGGAGUGCGGAGAGGAGCGUCUGCUAGCGCUGACGGAGGUGGAGUGUGUGAAAGCACUAGCGGCUCAGCUGGUGAAGCUGCUUCGAGCUCAGAGAGACUCAGGACUUCCUGUCAAUCAGCUGCUGUGCGAAUACAACAAGACGUUCGGCUACAGCCUCCGCCUGCAGGACUACGACUCCGACACGCUGCCCGUCCUGCUCAGCAAACUCUGCCAUGUAGUGAAGGUGGUCGAUGCUCCCGAAGGGAAGGAGGUGCAGCUCAUUAACAGGAAGUCCCUGCGUGCCUUGACGUCUCAGCUGCUGGCGCUGAUGAUGUCACUUCCUGAGGAUCGUGAUCAUCUCGGAGUGGAGGAGCUGAGGCAGCAGUACGAGUUCGCUUACUCCACGCCGCUCAACCCCUGCGAGUACGGCUUCAUCUCGCUCACCGAGCUCCUCAAGAGUCUGCCGUACCUGCUGCAGCUCUCUGAGGAUGAUGAGGAUGACGGAGGCGCUGAGGAGCGUGUGAGUUUGACGAGACUCUACCAGUUCGCCCGCAGUGUCCGUGCGCUUCUGCACACCUAUCAUUAUAACCAGAUCUUCCUGUCGGAGUUCUGCGGCGCCUUCAGCAAAUACACCGGCCGAGAGUUUCAGCCGCUGGCGUACGGAUACAAGACGCUGGACGAGCUGCUGGCUGCCAUACCUCAGGUUGUCUGGAUCAAAGGUCACGGUCACAAAAAGAUCAUAGUCCUGAAGAACGAUAUGAGAGCUCGAGGCAGUCCAGCGGCCACUUUAGACAGUCCUCGUCCCGAUGAAGAGAGCCGGUCCACUGACAGCCCCGCCAGCGGUGAGCUGGAGCUGCUGUGUCUGGGUUCGGGAUCUCCCGUGGAUCUCCUGUGUGGCCCGGUCCCGUCGUGCCUGCCGUCUCCUCAGCUGCGACCCGACCCGGUUCAUCCCGGAGAUCUGAUGCGCUUCGAUCCGGUUCACGAUCGGCAGCCUCGACCGGCCAACGGCCUCCUCGCCGCGCCAGAGAACGAGUCGAGCCGAGCGAACGCUUGCAUUACGGACAGCCCCGGUCGACGGACGACACGAAACAAGGUCAAACUAGCGGCUAACUUCUCCUUCACGUCAGGCUAACGGCAAACGACAUCACGGUGUCAUCGUUAGCAUCUCCGUGUCCUUCCCUGUACAGAAACAUCACGUGAGAGGAAACAGUCGUUCUGUGUGGGGAAUUUCUGUUUUCCAAACUAUUAUGAACUCAAAACCAGCUUUCGUUACUACAAACGUCUCGUGUGAGCCUGAGACGCGCCGAUCGGAACUGUGAAAUCAUGACGCUUUCAUCCAAACCUUCAUUACGGUGAAUCUGUGCCUUUAGUUUGAGACGUUAUUUGUGUUGUUUGAAGCACAUGGGCUUCGUUGAAUGAAAUCGAAGGUUAGCCGUGUUCCUCUCUUUUAAACGCAUCGCCCUCGUCACAUGACUCACGGAAGCCGAAUCGCUUAAGUUCAUGUUGUUGAAUUGAAAUUCUUAAAGGAAUGUUUAGUUUAAUCCGCCUCGUUUCAGAUUCACGGGCGUCCGGACGAGCUCCAGCGGGCACCCUCGUCAUCGUAUAUAUCUGCAGUUUGUCGUUUAUUUUGGUCCAGAAGUUGCUUUGUAAGUUAUAUGCACAUCGUGCAUAAACCCUUGUUUAGUCAGUUAGCUGCAGUUUCCUGUUUUAUGUGUUUUAUGGCAUAAUGGUGCUAAUCAGACGAUGUUCCUCUGGAAAUGCCAAGGUUGUUUUGGUGAACCUUGAGUUUGCGUCUUCGCUCUCGGUGAUUCGAGCCCGGCUCUUACAAUGGUUUGUAUCGGACGCCCUCGGUCACGGCGCGUUUGAUCUGUGUCACAUAAAACCAACGAACCGAACGCUCAAGUGUUCUCGUGACCGCCGAACGCAUCGCUGUGUUGAUGUUCGACGGCACGUCUUCUUUUAAGGGUGUCUCUCUCGGGUCCUGGAGUGUUUCUGGAAGCUGAAACUCUGCGGUGGAGACGUACAGAAGAGAAUAUGCAUGUUUGCAUAACGUUCGCCUCUCGUGUCGUUGUUGGAUAGAUGGAGAUUUGGUUUGUGUGUGUGUGUGUGUGUGUGUGUGUGCGCCUCUCCGUUCGUCAAGUGCAGUUUUAGUAUUUGUGUUUAUCCUCUCGGGUUUGCGACGUCAGCUGAUCAUCGUCCGGUUCGUGUGAAAUGGAAGUUCAGGCUCGGAGGUCUUGUAUGAUUUUAGUCUCCACCAGAAACUUGUUUAUUUUUUAUUUUUAUGUAAUGACCAAAUAUUUUCUGCCAUGUAUAAUAAAUAUCACAAGCAUCA